AUGCCUCCUCAGGACCUCCUGGAUCCCUUCUCCAAAGAAAAACCUUGUUUGUUUAAUGAAGGAAAGUUGCCCCCAACUACAGCCGCCGCCGCCGCCGCCGCCUCAAAAUUCAAUAAAAUGAGCUCUUAUUUCGUCAACUCACUGUUCUCCAAAUACAAAACCGGGGAGUCCCUGCGCCCCAAUUAUUAUGACUGCGGCUUCGCCCAGGACCUGGGCGGCCGACCCACCGUGGUGUACGGUCCCAGCAGCGGCGGUAGCUUCCAGCACCCGUCGCAAAUCCAGGAGUUCUACCACGGGCCGUCUUCGCUGUCCACGGCUCCCUACCAGCAGAACCCGUGCGCUGUGGCGUGCCACGGGGACCCGGGCAACUUCUACGGCUACGACCCGCUGCAGCGGCAGAGCCUGUUCGGUGCGCAGGAUCCAGACCUGGUGCAGUACGCCGACUGCAAGCUCGCCGCCGCCAGCGGCCUGGGAGAGGAGGCCGAGGGGUCCGAGCAGAGCCCGUCGCCCACACAGCUCUUCCCCUGGAUGCGCCCGCAAGCAGCCGCCGGACGCAGGCGAGGCCGACAGACCUACAGCCGCUACCAGACCCUGGAACUGGAGAAGGAGUUCCUAUUUAAUCCCUAUCUGACUCGCAAGCGGCGGAUCGAGGUAUCGCAUGCACUGGGACUGACAGAGAGACAGGUCAAAAUUUGGUUCCAGAACCGGAGGAUGAAGUGGAAAAAAGAGAACAACAAAGACAAGUUCCCCAGCAGCAAAUGCGAGCAGGAGGAGCUGGAGAAACAGAAGCUGGAGCGGGCCCCGGAGGCGGCGGACGAGGGCGACGCGCAGAAGGGCGACAAGAAGUAG